UUUGCCCUUGUCCAUUCACAGACGCCGUUGUCCGGAAACAGUCAGCCUGCUGGAGAGCACUCUACAUGAUCCGACUUCCGCCUUUAUUGGCGCCAGUAUUCGUAGACCGUACAAAGAGGCUAGCAUGGAGUUCAACGAGACCUUCCUCAUCGAACGCGACGGGGACGGUCCCGAGCUGCUCGACCAGGACCAGGAGCCCGUGCGGUUGGCGACCCUUCACUGCAAGGAGUGCAACGCGGUCCUGACGGACUCCCUGUCCGUGUGCGGGGAAUUCACGAGGCUGGACUCCGUCAUGUGCCUCAAAGUAACCAGUGACGUGGUAGUGAGUCGUGAAAUGGAGUGUGGGGAAAAAGUACUGGCUAACUGCAUCUUCAGCGGCCUGACGUGCGGCCAGUGUCGCUGCGCGUUGGGCAAAGUCCUGCACGCGGCGCCGCCGCACUUGGACGCGGCGCGCUCCCUCUUCCUCCUGCACAAGGCGCACGUCACGUGUUACGUGCUGGGCGGCGUCUCCGCGGUGGAAGCGUCCGCCGUGUCGUUUCGGAUCGAGCCGCUCGUGGAAACCAUCAGCGAGACGAAGCGCCAAUUUGAAACGCUCUUUGAACACACGAAAAUCAGCUUCGCCGACAGCAGCGAGCGGGACGAGUGAUGCCUCCGUGUAUUGUAAUAAAUGUUAUUACCAUAUUUUGUGCGAUGAUGAUGUGUUUUGUUGGCUGUUUGUUUUUCCCCAUUAAAAUCGCUCCAAACUACUCGUUUGUCGACUCCCGCUGUAGAUUGCGCCGCUUUUUUUCACCUCGGUUUACGCACGGCUGUUAUAAAAAGUCGACACACCCCUGUUCAAACACCACAUUGAAAUGCACGGUACAGGUCAGAGGUCACAUUAACACACACACACUCCUCAGGGCUCGUCAUUGGCACCAUGCUGCAUUUUAUUAUCCUCAUUAUGAUAUUGCUGAGUUUGAGAAAUACAUUUUUUUUCUUUUCUUGGUCAUACAAAAGCACUGAAUAACAAUAAUAAGCAUGCCCGUUUUCCUCCUCUUAGCUGCGGAGUGCAUAGUUUGUACACGUCGGGGAAAAGCGACGACAUGCUCGCUACCGUCUCAAAUUCCCCCGCACACGGGGUCAAACUCGCGGAUUAUUGCAUGCAUUACAAUCGCGUGUGUGGGGAAUAAUAAUUAAAAAAAAUAAAUCAUGCAUCAUUUUUUUUGUUUUUGUAAUAAUAAUAAGUAGUCGUACAUACAUCAACGCGGGAUAGUUGUUGACAGUGCAAGGCAGAAAGUGCUUGGAAAACACGUUUGGAUUUUUUUUUUUUUUAAGCAUAAUAGUAUUAAAAAAAUGCUACAGGUAUUGUACAGUUAAGUAGAUUUUUGUCUAUUGAACCCACACACACACAAACAAAAACAAUUAACCCUCCUGUUACCUUGCGGGUCAAAUUCACCCCGUUUAAAUGUUGAAUAGAUAUAUUUGAAAAGACUUGAAAAUUAUUUUUUUAGAUAUGAAAUAUGUUAAUGUUUAGCACAACCGUUUCUGACACUGGCUAACAAAGCAAGUUAAAGAAUUACGAUUGAAAAGUGUAAAGUAGUUUCUUGGAACGACAACAGCAUAAUUUUUGGGGUAAUAAAUCAGACCUGACAGGAUAAAUGUUAAAAGAAAUAUAAAAUAAGCGUAUGAAAUAUUUUAUGAUUUUCUCUGUAACAUUUUGUAUCAUUAAGUAGGCUGGACAUGAGAUUCUGGAGGAACCGGAUCAAAUUGACCCAUUUGCAAUUCUUUAGAACUAA